CUUUUGUCAAAUUAAUUACAUUUCCGCCAGCGAUUUACUUGUUGUGACUAGUUUAUUUAUGCAAAAUGUGUGAUAAUCUCUAAACAUGAGCACCAGUCCAUCUUCCGUGCCAGGAAGUGAAGAUAUAGAUCAGGAUAGAGUGCCACCUGGUGGACAGGAUGAAGUAACAGGGGAAGUAUCUCCACACACACCACCUUCAUCUCCAACUGAUCCAAAAAAUUUGGAAAAAGUCAUUAUUGAUGAUGCUUCUUCUGAGGUCGAAAAGGCUAGAGGAAUUACUCCAGGUACAGAAGAUGUUGAAGAAGCAUUUUUUAUUAGAGAAACUGCAGAUGGAGUUUCAGAGAAGGAACAACACCAUCUGGUUCAUGAUUUAGAUAAAGACAUUGAUGCUGUUCUUGAAUUCAAUGUGAGAAAUGGUCAAGUUGAUCCUGAUGGUUCAGGAAAUAUUCAGAAUAUUUCUGUUGACACAACAGCAGGUUCAGCAUUAAGUCUUACACUGGAAGGCAAUACUAAUGGAAAUGGUUUAAUUCAAUCACAUGAUCAAGUCAUUAAACCUGAGGAUGAAAAUGUUGAAAUGCUUGCAGAGAGAGGACUGCUUGAAGCAGGGUCUGAGAGAUCAUUUACUUCGGACACAGAUAGUAGUGCUGUAGCAGAAUCAGUUGUGAAAACAGCUAUUAGUAAAGCAGUAGACAUUGUAAAAUCUGAAGAUGGAUUGGAAUCAUCUGUUGACAGGCUUGAAUCAGAAACAGCAGAGAGAAUAUCUGAAGAGCCAGAAGUUGAUGUUAAAGUGGGUUUGUUUCAAUACCAAGAUUUUGGUGGUGAGGAGGAGGAGGAUGAAGAAGAUGAUGAAGUUGAAGAUGAAAAUGGUGAAAUUAAUGUUUACAAUAAUGUCAUUGAACAUGCUGUAAAGGAGCAGAAAGAUUCCAUAGUAGGUUUAUUUCAGUAUGCAGAUACUGACAGAGAUAAAAGUCCAGUGGUUAGUGAAAUUGAUGAUGUUGAAGACCAGUUUGAAUCAAUGAAUGAAGAUGAAAAAACAAAUAUACUCAAACUGUAUGGUUUAGAAGGAGUUGAACCAGUGUCACCAAAAUCAGCAUCACCUUCUGGGUCUGGAACCAAUUCUUUAGAAGAAAAAAGUGAACGAAAGAUAUUUGAUGUGCAGAGAGAAGUUUAUGAGCCUUCUACUCGUCAUUUUUCUGUGACAAGAGACACAAGUUCAAAUGAAUCAACACCAAGGAUUGAUGAAAAUGGUAUUAAAUCUGACAAACCAAGUACCAACAGUAGAGAAGAUAAUGUUGAUAGUGAUGGUGGUACUAAAGUCAGUGUGAAACCAGAUAUUACAACUGUUGUUGAAAGACAUACAGGAGACUCUGGCAUUAGAUCUGAAGGCAAAACUGCUGAAAUUGAGGUAGCAGAUUCUGACACCAGAUCUGCAGACAAAAGUUCAGGAAUUAAUAAUGUUGCAAAAGCAGCAGAAGCUAGUGUUCUGCAUUCAGUUUCACCUCCUCUUGUUCAGUAUGAACCAGUGAAAGAGAAUGGAAAAUUUAGGAUAAUCAAAACUUCAAAAGAAGGAGGAGGUUCUUCAUACUCAGGCAUUAGAGUAGGUGCUGAUGUGAUGUCACCUAGAGAAUCACCAAGGUCGACAGAAUCUCAAAACCAAUCUCCAAGGGGAAAUGUAAAUGGUGAAGAUAAACAUUUAGAUACAUUUAAUGAAUCGCAGAAAAAUACCUCAGUCCACAGACCAGGUGACAUAAAAAGUAGAGGGCUUGAAGAAAAUGUCAGUAUACAGUCUGUAGCGAAACCAUAUUCUCAGCAGGAUAUUGGAACAGCUAAAAGUAGAGAAAAAGGACAAACAUAUAGUAAAGAAUCUGUUGAACUUGAUAGAGAAAAGAUAAGAAAACUUCUUGAAAAAGAAAAUGAAACUGGACCCUCAAGACUUUCUUCCUCAUAUGAUACGUCUGUUUCUAAAGAUUCAGGUUUACCAAGAUCACAGUAUUCCGGAAAGCUAGAUGAGUCUGACAAGAAAUCAGCUGAAAAGCAAAGUCUUCCACAUCUUAGGGCUCCUGAGAAGGAGCGGGAUACAUCCCUGGAGACAGACUUGUUGAGGAUCAGAUAUACAACCAGGGAUACGGCUGGUAGAGAGGUUAAGAGAAUAGGACCAGAACCUUAUGAUUCAAAACAAGAUAGAGACCGACUGACCUCUGAUAGUAGAUACCUGAAGGUCAAUGAAGAAGAAAGACCACAGUAUGACAGAGAUAGAUACUUGUCUGAGGACUUACAAAGAUCUGAUGUCACAAGAGACUCGAGCCGUCCAAGUCCUUCAUCUUACGAAGAGGAAUUGCUGAGAAGAGCGUAUGAACGUGUAUCGUACCAGAGUCGAGACAAACCUCAUACUGCUCCAGCUUCAAGAUCACAUGAAUCUAGCGCUAUAAUACCAGGAUUCAAAACUUUACAAGAUCAACAGGCAAAAUGGUCGGACAUGUUUCAUAAGGUAGAAGAUGAGCAUCGUCGAGAAUUACGGUCGCAGUACGAACGUCAUCAGUAUAACAUACAGCGACUGCAGCAGCAGAUGGAAUUAGAGUUACAGAAACAGCAUCUUGCCAUCAGGAAAAAACUGGACAUUCACAAAGAGGCUCUUGUGAAAAUGUCACCAGAUAGAAUCUCCUCUACAAGGCACAGGUCCCCAGACAGAAGUAUUUCUCCAGAUAGAGGUCAGAGGUCACCUAACAGGUCGAAAAUUGAAAGGUCAGCAGCAAGUCAGUCAGGAGACCAAGUUAAACUGUCUGCACUGCAGGGUACAUUUGACUCUAAGACGUGGCGGGAAAUUUACCGUGAGGUCAGAGAAGAAGAGGAGAAGGAUCAUUCUCCAUCCCGACCUUUAAAACGUUCUCUAGAUGAUGACUUUGCUACAAUGGAUACCUCGCUUGAAAGGUCAAGGCCAUCAGGUCAGAGGUCUUCACCACGUGGAAGCAGUGAUCUUUCAAGGUCGGGCAGUAGAGACCGUCCAAGGGAAGUCACUGGAGAUAGUUCCCAGAUAACACCCACUAACUACAGGCUGUCAAAGGCAGAGCGUGAUAGGUCACUUAGUAAAGAUGGUCCUAGACAAAGGUCACCAGAGGGAAGGGAUUCAAGGUCACUUGAAAGGGAAUCAAGGUCAAUCACAUUUGGAAGAGAAUCUGUCCCACCUCUUCAUUUAGGAGAUGGAGCCCCACAAGAAAGUGUAUCUCGCCAUGUCAAAGAGCUUCUUGACAACUUGAAUGACAGUCGUCACAGUCUACAUGACCUUGAGGGUGAUGUGACCUCUGAACGACCUCAAGGUCACCAUGGUGAUGUGAUGAGUGAGAGGCCAAGAGCUGGGGUAUAUAGUAGUCCAAUGCCUUUAUUCAGCAGUGCAAGAACCUCAAAGUCAACAGAAAAGUCAGUUGACACAUCAGCAACAAUGGAUAUCAGCCAGCUAUCUUCGUCAUUGCCAGCGGGCCGUGAUAGGGCAGAGUUUUACUCAGAGAGACCUAGAACAACAGGCGGGAGGGACAGAACCAGUGAUUUACUGAGAAUGGAUGAUUCUUGCUUGUCUCCGAGUACACGUAUGAAUUUGCGAGAGAAGCAUACCAAACAUUUAGCUGAUCUGAGGGCAUAUUAUGAAGAUGAGCUGAGAGAAUUACGCAAAGCAUUGUCUGAUACGAUGGAUGCCUCGGCAGUCAGUGCCGACACGUCAAUGCACUCGUCGGCACAGAGCCAACUUUUAGAGGCGGAGAACAGGCAGCUGACUGACAAAAGUCGUAUGCUUGAGGACGAGAUUGAAGAAUUGCAGAAGCAAAUUAGAACCCUUGAACAAAAGAACCAUGGUUUGGAGAAAAGGGCAAGUGAGUAUGCGGCAGCGUAUACUGACUCUCAGACCAUGAGUAUCCAGCAUCGAGCACACAUUGAGGAACUACAGAGGUACUGUCGGGAACGUGACGACCUUAUCAAUGAUCUCGAAUCUAAAAUGAUGUCAAAUGAAGACAGUGUAAAAAUAUACAAGAAAAAUCUAGAAGACGAGAUGGAACUGCAUAGACAAGAUAAAAUAGCAUUACAGAGGAUGAACGACAGGUACGAGUCCUUGGAGAGGGAAUUCAAACUGUUACAGGAGACGAUGAGUACCACAGAGAACAAACUUUACGAGACCAGGACAGAAGUUGUAGAACUUAAUAGGACCAUAUCAAAAUUAGAGCUGGAAAAUAAACGUCUAGGAAGAGAAAACGACAACCUUAGACACAAAGUUACACAGUCACUGAAUUUAUCAGCAUUACAUGAAUCAUUUGGAAGCCCAUCCUCUCCACGAGAAGUCCAAAACAGUCUCAAACCUCGCUCAACAUCUUCUGCUGCUCAUGAUACAUCCCUCAGUAUGGCUGAGCCAGGAACCAUAGAUAGUAGGGUCCCAGGGUUUGCUACUUCAUUGAAGGACUGGACCCCGGCUCAGAAAUCACGUCCAAAAUCUGCAGAGACUAACAGAUCUAGAACAGAAGAACUGAAUAUUAGCCGACAGUCAGUUGUACAAAAAGAGAAGAAGGAAUCCAAAUCUAGGAGGAAGGAGACUGGAGAGUCCAGUAAAGGGAGACAAUCAGAUAAAUCCACAGGUGCUAGACAUAUCAGAGAAGAUUCUUCUUUGUCAUCUUCAAGAGAAGAUGUUACAAACAGAUCACAGUCAAGAAGAAAAGAUGCAGAGGAAAGGCCAGUAAGGGACAGAACUCCACCUAGAAGAGACGUGACACCACCUAGAAGGGAGCUAACUCCAACCAGAUCACUCUCACCCAGUAGUCAAGCAGGGUCAGAAGUAUCAGAUUAUUCUCCACUGUUAAAGGCAGAGAGAGAGUUGUUCAAGCUUCGAGACAUGAUGCGUCAGGCAGUUGCCGUGAAACCAAGUUUGUCUCCACCACAAAUGAAACUUCAGAAGAAGUUUUAUGGUAGUGAGCGGCCAUCCAGCGCUGAUGAGUAUAACCCAGAUCUUGGAAUUCAGAGAGGGCGUAAGGAAAAACCCAGUAUUAGCAGUCACUCUAGUGUAGCCAAAACAAAGUCUAGCCAAACCCCAGUAAAAUCUGACAAGUCAAGUUCCAAACGAUCUGGGUCAGGGAAAUCGGAGAAAAGUUCAAAGUCUAAAGAUCGAGGAUCUACAAAAGAUCAUGAUAGAAGAGAUAGAGGGAAGGAAAAGUCGGAGAGGGAGAGUGGGAGACAAAGGGAGAAAACUCCACCAAGAAGGGAUGAGUUUGCCGACAGCUCAACUAGAUUUAACAUUGAUUUCAAUGAAGCUGAUAAGUCAGUGACUGUGACUCCAAGAAAGUCAGAGAACCAGUCUGGGAAGCAGAAAAAUUUGGUUAAUGGUGAUGUUGGCGACCACUCAAAAGAAGUUAAACAGGGGAAAACUGUUGCAAAAGAAAAAGGAAAUAAUACCAGUAAAGGAGCAGAAGGUCAGUUAGAAAACACUUUAGAGAUGAUGAGAAGUGGACAGUAUACUUCAAGACCGGAAUGGGAAAAUAUCUACACAUCAUUGGCGAAACCAAAAUCUGAGACACAGGACCGACCCAGAAAUAUGGAAGAGAAAGUGAAAGAGAGGCUACAGUCUAUAGCGGAGAUGGAGAGCCGUUAUGAUGGACUGCAGGUGGAGAAACGCCAGCUCGAAUCAAGCAUUAACAAAAUACCUCUUCAUGGUAGAGUGGAUAGAAAUAACAGAAAACAUAAGGAGGAGUUAGAGAAUCAACUAGAUGCUGUGGAGAGAGAGCUGGGAUCUUUACGAAUGACUCUGAAACGUUACAAUGUGCUCAAGACAGCGGGAUAGAUGAUAACACUGCUUAGACUGAUACACAUGCAUUUAUUCUAAUGAAUCUCAAAAUUGCAAGUUUGUAAAACUGAAUUUGGAACCAGUCUCAGAAUGCAGCCUUGCCAUUGGUCAGUUUUGAAAUGGUGCUCAGAAUCGACCAAUCAGAUGCAAAGUUCUUGGACUGGUUGUGAAUUCAGGCAUAUUUCCUAGCAAUCAAAGCUAUUCCUAGCGUACUAUGCCAUUAUAUGAAAAAAUAACAAUUCCUAUGAGCUUUUGACAUACAUUUAGAUGCUAAACAUGCUUAAAGCUGUACCAAAAAGUGUAUACUGGAAAACACAAUUUGUUAGAAUAAAUAUUGUACAGUAAUUGGGUAUUUUUUACAGACGGAUACAUUCCAAACUAUCACUUGUAGACUCAUGUAUAUUAAAGAUUUAUUAAUAAUUGUACUAAAAGAAUUUCUGUGAUGAAAUUGAAAGUUGUCUCAUUUUAAGCAGCACAGUGUACAGAAUUGUAGACAUAUUAAUGUUCCAAAUGGGUCCAGCUGUAAAGUAACUACAGUUCAACUUCUGUUAAGCAGUCAUAUGCAAUUAUGCAACCACCUGUCGUAAGUGGCCACAAUUUACAAUUAUGCAAAAGGUUAAUUUCUUAUGAAUUUGGCAUGUUAUAAGCAACCUAUUGCCAAUGAUUUAAAUGACCACUUUAUGUCAGUACCAUCAGGUGGCUGCUUAAAACAGGUUUAACUGUGUUUGCUAUUACCAUGAAAUGUCAAACUUCUCGUCUCACAGCAUUCUGUGAUUAUGCUUAUUUUGCUAAAGAACAUGGUGCACAGUUGAAUACUGAUCACUCAUGAACAAAAUGCACAGGUUAUGCAAGAUUCUGAGAGAUUGAGACAAAGAAAACAUAAGGAAAACGGCCAAGUUCUAUAUGAAUUGCUUGAGUGAAUUUUGGUCCUCAAGUCAUCGAGUGAACAGUGUUUCACUGUAAUAGUUUGUAUAUUUUAGCUCACCUGUCACAAAGUGACAAGGUGAGCUUUUGUGAUCGCGCGGUGUCCGUCGUCUGUCCGUGCGUCCGUAAACUUUUGCUUGUGACCACUCUAGAGGUCACAUUUUUCAUGGGAUCUUUAUGAAAGUUGGUCAGAAUGUUCAUCUUGAUGAUAUCUAGGUCAAGUUUGAAACUGGGUCACGUGCCAUUAAAAACUAGGUCAGUAGGUCUAAAAAUAGAAAAACCUUGUGACCUCUCUAGAGGCCAUAUAUUUCAUAAGAUCUUCAUGAAAAUUGGUCAGAAUGUUCACCUUGAUGAUAUCUAGGUCAAGUUCGAAACUGGGUCACGUGGGUUCAAAAACUAGGUCAGUAGGUCUAAAAAUAGAAAAACCUUGUGACCUCUCUAGAGGCCAUAUUUUUCAUGAUAUCUUUAUGAAUAUUGGUCAGAAUGUUUACCUUGAUGAUAUCUAGGUCAAGUUCGAAACUGGGUCACGUAGGGUCAAAAACUAGGUCAUUAGGUCUAAAAAUAGAAAAACCUUGUGACCUCUCUAGAGGCCAUAUUUCUCAAUGGACCUUCAUGAAAAUUGGUCAGAAUGUUCACCUUGAUGAUAUCUAGGUCAAGUUCGAAACUGGGUCACAUGGGAUUAAAAACUAGGUCAGUAGAUCUAAAAAAAGAAAAACCUUGUGACCUCUCUAGAGGCCAUAUUUUUCAUGAGAUCUUCAUGAAUAUUGGUCAGAAUGUUCACCUUGAUGAUAUCUAGGUCAAGUUCGAAACUGGUUCAUGUGGGGUCAAAAACUAGGUCAGUAGAUCUAAAAAUAGAAAAACCUUGUGACCUCUCUAGAGGCCAUAUUUCUCAAUGGAUCUUCAUGAAAAUUGGUUAGAAUGUUCACCUUGAUGAUAUCUAGGUCAAGUUCGAAACUGGGUCACGUGCGGUCAAAAACUAGGUCAGUAGGUCUAAAAAUAGGAAAACCUUGUGACCUCUCUAGAGGCCAUAUUUUUCAACGGAUCUUCAUGAAAAUUGGUCAGAGUGUUUACCUUGAAGAUAUCUAGGUCAAGUUCGAAACUGGGUCACGUGGGGUUAAAAACUAGGACAGUAGAUCUAAAAAUAGAAAAACCUUGUGACCUCUCUAGAGGCCAUAUUUUUCAUGAGAUCUUCAUGAUUAUUGGUCAGAAUGUUCACCUUGGUGAUAUCUAAGUCAAGAUCGAAACUGGGUCACGUGGGGUUAAAAACUAGGUCAGUAGGUCUAAAAAUAGAAAAAACCUUGUGACCUCUCUAGAGGCCAUAUUUCUCAACGGAUCUUCAUGAAAAUUGGUGAGAAUGUUCAGCUUGAUGAUAUCUAGAUCAGGUUUGUAACUGGGUCAUGUGCGGUCAAAAACUAGGUCAGUAGGUCGAAAAAUAGAAAAACCUUGUGACCUCUCUAGAGGCCAUAUUUUUCACGAGAUCUUCAUGAAAAUUGGUGAGAAUGUUCACCUUGAUGAUAUCUAGGUCAAGUUUAAAAGUGGGUCACAUGCCUUCAAAAACUAGGCCAUUAGGUCACAUAAUAGAAAAACCUUGUGACCUCUCUAGAGGCCAUAUUUUUCAAUGGAUCUUCAUGAAAAUUGGUCAGAAUUUUUUAUCUUGAUGGUUUCUAGGUCACAUGUGCUCAAAAACUAGGUCACUGUGUCAAAUAAUAGAAAUAAUGACGUCAUACUCAGUUCAACACUGGGUCAUGUGGGGAUAGGUGAGCAAUUCAGGACCAUCAUGGUCCUCUUGUUAUAACUGUGAUAUGUGACAGAUGGUAUCGUAUUGACUUAGUGUAAUAUCAUCGGUUACUGUGUUUGUGUUAUCGUUUGUUGUAUUUGUAUUUUUGUUGGAAAUGCUUGAUGUUCUGAUUCAAUAAGGCUGCAAAGUUGCUGGAAUUGAAAUUGUUUGCAUUGAGAAUUGCAACACAAUUAAUCUUCACCCUUCUAAAUUUCUAAAAUAAACUGGUCCAUCUUUCAAUUUGGGCAGUACCACUUGUUAUUCAAAGGGGUCUUCACUGAAAAUUUAUUGAUUGUGCUACAGAAAGUACAAAGUCGAAGAAAGAGAGGUUAUUGUUUGCUUACAAUCAUUAUUCAGCCAUUAUUUAUUGAGUGUUAGAAGUCAUAAACGAGCCAAGAAUAUUGACAGCCAACAGUGAUAUUAAAACUUUACAGUGUGAUGUAGGGCAAAGUUAUUCCAAUAUAACUUGAAAUUAUUUAGUUAGAUAACUAGUAAUAAAUUAUGAUACCCGACAUGUAGUGUCCAAGUGAACUGCCAGAAUUUAAUUUGAUAAAAUUUUCAGAUUGUAGAUAGUUUUUAAAUUUUCUGAAAUGAUUGGUGCUAGUCAGGAGUAUAGAGAAUUUAUUUUCUAAAGUUAGGUUGUUGUUUUUUUUUAAUCAGGUUUAUGGUUUGGUACUAUUUGAAAUGCACAUAUGCAGAUUUUUUCUUGAAAUACAUGCAGAUUGAUAGUAUUUUUGAACUGUUCAGUUAAAUAAAAGAAGCAGAAUGAACCUGUUUUAUUAAAACCGCAAAUAAAAAAGACCAGCGAGAAUGAAAUGCUUCCUUUGGUGUUGAAAAUGAAGAAACUUAUGCUUUAUAAAGCUAUAUUCAGCUAAUAUCUUGAGCAGAUCUAAGUGGGUCAUUUGCUUUCCAGCUUAUAAAUUAUUUUUGUUUCUUCAGAUAAUACCCGCCAGCAAAAUAUUAGGCUAAGAGAGACUAAGUCACAAAAGUUGUCCUACAUUUUCUGAAUAUUAAGCAGACAUUACAUAGCAACAACAAUUGCUUUUCUAAAGAAGUUUUUUUACAGUAGAGAACUGACACAAAUAUCAGUUAUAGUUUUACUUCGAGGAUUAAGAAAUUAGUCAUUAAAGGGGAUUUUGUCAAGAAAGAAACAUUCAAAUAAUUGAGAAUCAGUUUGGGACGAAUUCAGUUUUAUUUUGAUUAUUAAUUUAUUUUGUAAUAACUUAACUGAACAAAAUAUCUUAAUUAACAAAUAGAAAAAUUGAUAAGCUGGAAUAAUUUUUGUCAGACAAGAAAAUUUUUGUGUUUGAAGUGUUCUGAACAGGUUGAAGGUUGCAUUUUUUUUUCACCCGGGGACUGGGAUGUUGGUGUGAGUAGCUAGGUUCUAACAUAGAUAGUGAUUGAUGGCAUUUAAAUUUCUGUACACUGGGUAAGUUUUGCAUUGCUUUCUUUCCAUAAUUUGAUAGACAACAGUCGACAUUUAUAAGAAUUCACACUUUGAAUUCCGUCAUUCUGUAGGGGUGUACUUAAUUUAUAUGUUACUUUGAUCUUGAAAAUUAGCUGAAAUUAAACAGUUGCAGAUAUUACCCAGUCAAUAUUACUGGAUAUAUGUUACUGUCUUAUUUUUACACCUUAUAUGUAACUUACAUGGAUUUAUUAACUAGGCAAAACUAAUUCAUUUCCAGAUGUUAAAUUAAUAUGUCCCCCACCCUUAAUACCCACUAAUAGAUUUUAAAACAAAAAAUAUUUAACAAUCUGAACAAAAAAGUUGAGAAGUUUUGAGAAUUAUUAAACCUGUUUAUCAGCUCUAUUAACUAAAUAUUGGGAAACAUUCAUUUUGUCAUUUUUUGCUGUGGAAAAGAAAAAUGUAAAAGAAGAAAAUUCCAAAAGUGCCUUGUUUUAAAAGCAAGGAAAUUAGGGUUUCAUACAUUGUAUUGUAUUACAUCCAAAGUUCUGCGUAUUUUGGUUAGCAUUUGUACAACACGUGGAAACUUGCUUCAUAUUACAAGAUUCUUGAUUUCAAAUGUAAAGAAAAUGUAUUCAAAAUGUAUGUGAUUAUUUUUGUGGCAGCUUGUUUGUGUUGCUUUUUAUAACAUUUUGUACUUUGUUAUUUAAAAUCGUUAGGUUAUGAUGUCCUUUUUGAGUAUUAAAAGAUAUAAAAAUUA